AGGCUAGACGCCGUCAGUCACCCGCACGCACGCACGCACGCACGCUCGAAUACUGUUGCAAAGCUAAAGUUGAGACUUGAGAGUGGAGACCUUACUUUCGCCUCUCUCGAGAGCCGCCACCCGCCACCACCGCUGCCACUUGUUUUUGGUUGUUGCUGACAGUAAUGCAGAGACUUGUUCUCCCAUAAAAGCUCUUGAUAAGGCCUUACCUGAUCGAUCGACGGAGAAACCGAGAUCUCCUUUCUAGUUUUCUUCCCCACUUACUAUUUUGCUGAUCCAUGGCAUCGGAGGAUGUGAAGACGACCGAAUCGGCUGUUACGACUAUCGUUAAUCUAGCGGAGGAGGCAAAGUUGGCUAGAGGGGGAGUUAAGGCCCCGAGCUAUGCUGUUCUUAGUAUUUGCAAGUCUCUCGUUGCCGGAGGUGUCGCUGGUGGAGUGUGUUCUGCAUCUUUAUGAUAUAGCCACGCUUGAAUUUCACUUACUGAAACAGUCAAAUGUGUCCAGGUCACGAACGGCUGUUGCUCCAUUGGAAAGGUUGAAGAUAUUACUGCAGGUUCAAAAUCCCCACAAUAUAAAAUACAAUGGAACAAUUCAAGGGUUAAAAUAUAUUUGGAGAACUGAGGGUUUUCGGGGACUGUUUAAAGGAAAUGGUACUAACUGUGCUCGAAUUGUCCCAAACUCAGCAGUGAAGUUCUUUAGCUAUGAGGAAGCUUCCAAGGGAAUAUUGUGGCUGUAUCGACAGCAACCUGGCAAUGAAGAUGCACGGCUCACUCCUCUUCUACGCCUUGGAGCUGGAGCAUGUGCAGGAAUAAUUGCCAUGUCUGCAACUUAUCCCAUGGAUAUGGUGCGAGGCAGGCUAACUGUACAGACUGAGAAAUCACCUUAUCAAUAUAGAGGAAUGUUCCAUGCUUUAUCAACUGUGCUUCGGGAAGAAGGUCCGCGGGCUUUGUACAAGGGUUGGCUUCCUUCUGUCAUUGGAGUUAUCCCAUAUGUGGGUCUCAACUUUGCUGUAUAUGAGUCGCUAAAGGAUUGGUUAAUUAAAGCUAAACCAUUUGGACUAGUUCAAGAUUCCGACUUGAGUGUAACCACAAGGCUUGCUUGUGGGGCUGCUGCUGGAACUGUUGGCCAAACUGUCGCUUAUCCUCUUGAUGUUAUUCGCCGGCGAAUGCAGAUGGUUGGAUGGAAAGAUGCUGCUUCUAUUGUCACUGGUGAUGGGAGGAGCAAGGCCUCCCUUGAGUAUAAUGGCAUGGUUGAUGCAUUCCGGAAAACUGUUCGGUAUGAGGGCUUUGGAGCAUUGUACAAGGGUUUGGUACCCAAUUCUGUAAAGGUUGUCCCAUCCAUAGCAAUUGCGUUCGUGACAUAUGAGGUGGUGAAGGACAUUUUAGGAGUUGAGAUUAGAAUAUCAGACUGAAGUGCGGGUUCCUCGCGGAUGUUUGUUGAACAAUUAUGCUAUUUUUUGUUAGGCAAGGGGGUAGGAAGAAGAUAAAUUAGGGUAAUUUUCUUCCACAUUUCUCCAUGAGUUGAGUUUAAAUAUGCAUUUAAGGCCAUGUCAUAAAUUGUUUUCCCUUUUUUGUUUCCUUUAGAACAUGCUGUAGCUUUCAGCUUCUCAUUUAUAUUUUGUCAAUAAGGAUGUCGAAAACUCGCGAAAUGCAAUUGGAUGCCUCUCCAUGAGAGUUGAGAGAGCAAUUUCUGAGUA